AGGAAUUCAGCCAUGCUGAAUUUCUUUUCUGGGGGCCGGGGAGGGAAUACGGUGUGCUUCUGCAGCGGGGGUGCCCGAGGUCUGGCCUUUGGGUCGCCUCCUAAAGGCUUCGGGAAGGCAGAGGGUGCAGCGGGGAAGGAGGAGCGGGGACCUGGGAGCCCCGCGCUGCCCAGCUGGCUGAGACCUCCCCUCGUGGAGAGAGGGGGUCGGCGGUCGCAACGCCUCCCCGUUGGCUGCGAGGAGGCGGAGGAAGGGGAAGCCGGCCCUGGCGCCCCAGCAGGUGGCCUGCCCGGCGGAGGCGGGGGCCCUCUUCUGGGAACAGGGGCCGCGGCUCUUAUUUCUGGCCUGCUGUCAAAGGUGAACCUGGGCUUCAGGUUCCGUGUCUCCGCUGAAGGCCUCGCCUUGUGGAACUUGGCCUUGGAGCGUGCUGUAUCCCAGGCAGCUCUGAUGACCCUGGAGGAAUCCCUGUCCUUGCUGAUGCGUGACUGGGGGAGUGUAGCUCCAGAGAGUAAAUGCUCAUUGUCUUCUUGCCGCAGGUCAUCCACCCGACCGGAGGUGGCCAGCAUCGAGCCGCUGGGCCAGGAUGAGCACCAGUGCUCCCAGAAGGCCGUGGUGCAGGCCCGCCUGACCCAGCCCACCCGCCUGACCAGCAUCAUCUUCGCAGAGGACAUCACCACAGGCCAGGUCCUGCGCUGUGACGCCAUUGUCGACCUCAUCCACGGCAUUCAGAUUGUCUCCACCACCCGCGAGCUCUACCUGGAAGAUUCGCCCCUGGAGCUGAAGAUCCAGGCUCUGGACUCUGAAGGGAACACCUUCAGCACGCUGGCUGGCCUGGUCUUUGACUGGACGAUUGUGCAGGACGCAGGCGCAGACAGCUUCUCAGACGCCCACAGUGCCCUGCGAAUCCUUACGUUCUUGGAGUCCAUGUAUGCACCUCCUUCCUAUAUCUCGGAGAUGGAGAAGGUGGCCAAGCAAGGGGACACGGUCCUGGUGUCUGGCAUGAAGACGGGGAGCGCCAAGCUCAAGGCCCGCAUCCAGGAGGCUGUCUACAAGAACGUGCCACCUGCAGAAGUCCGGCUGCUGAUUUUGGAGAACAUCCUUCUGAACCCAGCUUACGACGUCUACCUGAUGGUGGGAACCUCCAUUCACUACAAGGUGCAGAAGAUCAGACAAGGGAAGAUCACAGGUGUGUCAGUGACUCGGCAGCCGUGA